GGUUAGGGUUUUUGUCCUUUUUUUUAACUUGGAUUUAAAGAGAGUAGAGAAAAAUGUCGCACCUUGGUGGUGGUGCCGAGGCACACGCACGGUUCAAGCAGCACGAGUACGUGCCAACUCGAGCACGGUUCAAGCAGGAGGAAACAGAGAAGAUUGAGGAGGAAAUGAAGGGGACAGAUUCGCAGCCUAUUUUGGAGCAGUUGCAUGCAACAAGGGCCUCUGCGAAAGAGAGGCAGAAGAACUUGGAGAAGAGUAUAAGGGAAGAGGCACGUCGGUUGAGGGAUGAUACCGGCGGUGAUGGGGAUAGGGACAGUGAGAGGAGCAGGAGGGGGCUUGCUGAUAGAGAUGCAGAGUGUGGAUGGUUGAAAGGUCAGCGUCAGAUGCUUGAUCUAGAUAACCUUGCUUUUGCACAAGAUGGUUUGUUUAUGGCAAAAAAGAAGUGUGACCUUCCAGAUGGGUCCUAUAGGCAUCUCAACAAGGGUUAUGAAGAAAUUCAUGUGCCGGCUUUGAAGGCUAAACCACUUAAGGAGAAUGAGAAGCUUGUUAAGAUAUCUUCUAUGCCGGACUGGGCACAACCAGCCUUUAAAGGAAUGACACAGUUGAAUAGGGUUCAGAGCCAGGUUUACGAGACUGCUCUUUUCAAGCCUGACAAUCUUCUUCUUUGUGCUCCAACUGGGGCUGGUAAAACUAAUGUGGCGGUCCUCACAAUUCUCCAGCAGAUUGCCCUGCAUAGAAAUCCAGAUGAUGGUUCAACUGAUCAUAGUGCAUACAAAAUUGUUUAUGUUGCACCUAUGAAAGCCCUUGUAGCUGAGGUUGUUGGGAAUUUAUCCAAUCGGCUGCAGAGUUAUGAUGUUAAAGUUAGGGAGCUCAGUGGAGAUCAAUCGCUAACCCGACAACAGAUAGAGGAGACUCAAAUUAUUGUAACAACACCUGAGAAGUGGGAUAUUAUCACUCGGAAGUCAGGAGAUCGUACUUACACACAACUUGUGAAACUAGUUAUCAUUGAUGAGAUCCAUCUUCUUCAUGAUAAUAGAGGUCCUGUUCUUGAAAGCAUUGUUGCUAGAACAGUAAGGCAGAUUGAAACCACAGAAGAGCAUAUUCGGUUGGUGGGUUUGUCUGCUACUCUCCCUAAUUACGAAGAUGUGGCACUAUUUUUACGAGUUCAUCUGGAGAAGGGGUUGUUCUAUUUUGAUAAUAGUUAUAGGCCUGUUCCUCUUUCUCAACAGUAUGUUGGAAUCACAGUAAAGGAGCCACUUCAGAGGUUCCAGUUGAUGAAUGAUAUUUGCUAUGAGAAAGUUAUGGCUGUGGCAGGAAAACAUCAAGUUCUUAUAUUUGUACAUUCAAGGAAAGAAACUGCUAAAACAGCUAAAGCCAUCAGAGAUACUGCUCUUGCAAAAGAUACUCUUGGUAGAUUCCUUAAAGAAGAUAGUGCAAGUCGGGAGAUUCUUCAUACUCAUACUGACCUUGUGAAGAGCAAUGAUCUUAAGGAUCUUCUGCCAUACGGUUUUGCAAUUCAUCAUGCCGGUGUGACCAGGACAGAUCGUCAGCUGGUUGAGGAUCUCUUUGCUGAUGGGCAUGUGCAAGUUUUGGUAUCCACCGCAACCCUUGCCUGGGGUGUGAAUCUUCCAGCUCACACGGUGAUAAUUAAGGGAACACAGAUUUACAAUUCGGAGAAGGGAGCAUGGACUGAACUGAGCCCUCUUGAUGUGAUGCAGAUGCUGGGUCGUGCUGGAAGGCCCCAGUACGACUCUUAUGGUGAAGGAAUAAUUGUUACUGGCCAUAGUGAGUUGCAGUAUUACCUCUCACUUAUGAAUCAGCAACUUCCUAUUGAGAGCCAGUUUGUGUCCAAGUUGGCUGAUCAGCUGAAUGCAGAAAUUGUUCUUGGUACUGUCCAAAAUGCUAGAGAAGCCUGUGAUUGGCUUGCAUAUACUUACUUAUAUGUCCGCAUGUUGCGUAAUCCUUCACUUUAUGGUUUAGAACCUGAUGUGCUGACAAGAGAUAUAAAUUUGGAGGAAAGAAGAGCUGAUUUGAUUCAUACAGCUGCAACCAUCUUGGAUAGAAAUAAUUUGGUGAAGUAUGACAGGAAGAGUGGGUAUUUUCAGGUCACUGACUUGGGUCGCAUUGCUAGUUACUACUACAUAACACAUGGAACCAUCUCCACAUAUAACGAGCAUUUGAAGCCUACGAUGGGAGACAUAGAGCUAUGCCGAUUGUUCUCACUGAGUGAAGAAUUCAAGUAUGUGACGGUAAGGCAGGAUGAGAAGGUGGAGCUAGCAAAGCUUUUAGACCGUGUUCCCAUUCCCAUCAAGGAGAGUUUGGACGAGCCAAGUGUGAAAAUCAAUGUUUUGCUUCAAACAUACAUUUCACAGUUAAAGCUUGAAGGGCUUUCACUAACAUCUGAUAUGGUUUUCAUAACUCAGAGUGCUGGACGCCUUUUGCGGGCUCUUUUUGAGAUUGUACUGAAACGUGGAUGGGCACAGUUGGCUGAAAAGGCUCUGAACUUGUGCAAGAUGGUGACGAAGAGGAUGUGGAGUGUCCAAACACCUCUUCGUCAGUUCAAUGGUAUCCCUGGUGAUGUAUUAACGAAGUUGGAGAAGAAAGAUUUGGCGUGGGAGAGGUAUUAUGACCUAUCAUCACAAGAGAUAGGUGAACUCAUUCGUGCUCCGAAGAUGGGAAGGAUGCUUCACAAAUAUAUCCAUCAAUUUCCAAAACUGAACCUUGCAGCUCAUGUGCAGCCUAUUACUCGGACAGUUCUGAGGGUUGAACUCACAAUAACUCCAGAUUUUGCAUGGGAUGACAGAAUUCAUGGUUAUGUUGAGCCCUUUUGGGUGAUUGUUGAGGACAAUGAUGGUGAAUAUAUCCUUCAUCAUGAGAAUUUUAUGCUGAAAAAGCAGUUUAUUGAUGAGGAUCAUACGCUGAAUUUCACAGUUUCAAUCUACGAACCUCUUCCUCCUCAAUACGUCAUCCAUGUUGUUUCAGAUAGAUGGAUUGGGUCACAGACUGUUCUACCUGUUUCCUUCAGGCACCUUAUCUUACCUGAAAAGUACCCUCCCCCAACUGAACUCUUGGACCUGCAACCACUGCCUGUGACUGCAUUGAGAAAUCGAAAGUAUGAAGCACUUUAUCAGGAUUUCAAGCAUUUCAAUCCUGUUCAGACCCAAGUAUUCACAGUUCUGUAUAAUUCUGAUGACAAUGUAUUAGUUGCUGCACCAACAGGAAGUGGUAAGACCAUCUGUGCAGAAUUCGCUAUUUUGAGGAAUCAUCAAAAAGGGCCUGAUAGUGUCAUGCGUGUUGUUUAUAUUGCACCUAUUGAAGCUCUUGCCAAGGAACGGUAUCAUGAUUGGGAGAAGAAAUUUGGUAAAGAUGGUCUUGAAUUGAAGGUGGUUCAAUUGACUGGAGAAACAUCAACUGACUUGAAGCUACUUGAGAAAGGUCAGAUUAUCAUUAGCACCCCAGAGAAGUGGGAUGCUUUAUCCCGCCGCUGGAAACAGAGGAAACAUGUGCAGCAGGUUAGUCUUUUCAUCAUUGAUGAACUCCACUUAAUUGGAGGUCAAGGUGGUCCUGUUUUGGAAGUCAUUGUUUCGAGGAUGAGAUAUAUUGCUAGUCAGGUUGAAAACAAGAUUCGUAUUGUGGCUUUGUCUACCUCUCUUGCAAAUGCCAAGGAUCUAGGAGAAUGGAUUGGAGCUACUUCCCAUGGUCUUUUCAACUUCCCCCCCGGCGUUCGUCCUGUACCUUUGGAAAUACACAUUCAAGGUGUAGACAUUGCCAAUUUUGAGGCAAGGAUGCAAGCAAUGACGAAACCAACUUACGCUGCAAUUGUUCAGCAUGCCAAGAAUGCUAAACCUGCUCUUGUAUUUGUGCCUACAAGGAAGCAUGUGCACCUGACAGCUGUGGAUCUGAUUACAUACUCCGGGGCAGACAGCGCAGAGAAGCCAUUCUUAUUGUGGUCCCCAGAAGAGCUUAAACCUUUUCUUGACAAGAUUAGUGAUAAAAUGUUGAAAGCCACUUUACAAGAAGGAGUGGGAUACUUGCAUGAGGGCUUAAACAAUCUGGAUUAUGAUAUCAUGACCCAACUGUUUGAAGCUGGCUGGAUUCAGGUGUGUGUUUUGAGUAGUUCUAUGUGUUGGGGAGUGACAUUGUCAGCUCACUUGGUAGUUGUGAUGGGCACACAGUAUUACGAUGGGCGUGAAAAUGCACAGUCAGAUUACCCUGUUACUGAUCUUCUGCAGAUGAUGGGUCAUGCCAGCCGGCCUUUGGUAGAUAAUUCUGGGAAAUGUGUCAUCUUCUGCCAUGCACCCCGUAAGGAAUACUACAAGAAAUUUUUAUAUGAAGCUUUCCCUGUUGAGAGCCACCUUCAUCACUUCUUGCAUGAUAACUUGAAUGCUGAAAUUGUUGCUGGGGUUAUUGAGAAUAAGCAAGAUGCUGUAGAUUAUCUUACAUGGACAUUCAUGUACAGGCGGCUCACACAAAAUCCCAACUAUUACAAUCUACAAGGAGUUAGUCACAGACAUCUUUCUGAUCACCUUUCAGAGCUUGUGGAAAAUACAUUGAGUGAUUUGGAAGCAAGCAAGUGUAUUCUGAUCGAGGAUGACAUGGAUCUUUCUCCACUCAAGUGUAUUCCUAUACCCUUUACUUCAUGUGUGAUUCAUUCAUGGGAUGUGAUCAGGAGUAUGCUUUUGCCAUUGAUGUCAAAGAAGCAGGGGCUGCUGAUUGAUAGCAGCAGAGAAUGAAGAGGAACACGCAUAAAACAGUGGUAGACAAAGGAGUAACUAUCAUUCUCAGGACUCAGGAGUAGGAAGUGAAGUAGAUGUAGUGUUGCUUAUUGGAACACAAUUUUGCAGGCCAUAACAAGUUGCAACAGUAGGAAAUGAAGUUUGGAUAGGAUGCUAAAUUUGGACGCUUGAGCCCUUUAUUGAUUAUUUAGUAUUAUUUUUGAACUUUGGGAUGAAAGGUGUCAAUUAUGGGCUAUUGCAUCCAAAGAAUGAUAGACCUGAAUUUCCAUUUUUGACCAUUUUUACCCCAUCUUUAUAAUGCAGGUGAACUCUUAUAUUUUUGUACGUGCAUGUCGUUUGGGAGAACUGCUAGUGUCAGUUAAUCUUCCAAGUUUUAACUACAGUAGUAGUUUGUACAGAUGUGUUGCCAUUUGAAUAUCAAUGAUUGUCCUUACUCCACGAAAUUUUAACUCGAGAGUUCACUUUUAUUUUA